AUGGUCUCAGCCAUACGCACUCUAUUGACUGCUAUACCUCCUUUACCACCCGCUCGAAUGGAUUCCCUCAUAACGGUCCUCGGUGCCACGGGCACGGGCAAGUCAAAGGUAAUGAGAUUACCCCCCACCUUGUCGAGCACAGUAACUGAUAGCUAUAGACAGCUUGCAGUGGACUUGGCCUCUCGUUUCAAUGGUGAAAUCAUCAAUGGCGACGCGAUGCAGAUGUAUCGCGGGCUUCCGAUCAUUACCAACCAGAUCCCAGUCGACGAACGAAACGGAAUCCCCCACCACCUCCUCAGCUGCAUUGAUUUAGACGCGGAGGCAUGGCGCGUUGGCCUGUUCAAGCGCGAAGCCCUCCGACUCAUUGAUGACAUCCGGGCACGAGGAAAGAUCCCCAUUCUCGUCGGAGGCACCCACUACUAUACGCAAGCAGUGUUGUUUCGCGACCAGCUCGUGGGCGAGGGGGUGGACGACGAAGGCGAACGCGAGCAACUCACUGAAUUCAGCUCCACCUCAACGAAAUGGCCGAUCCUUGACGAGCCACCUGAAGUCUUACUGGAGAAAUUGCGCGAGGUCGAUCCUGUCAUGGCUGCACGCUGGCACCCCAGGGAUGGGCGGAAGAUUCGUCGGUCGUUGGAGAUCUUUUUCCAGACUGGGCGACCGGCCUCGGAGAUAUAUAAAGAGCAGAUGGUGCAGAAGAGGGAGGCUCUGGACCAGGAGGAAGGUCUGUUGCGAUUUCCAAACGCAUUGGUGUUUUGGGUCCAUGCCGAGAAGGAAAUUCUAAAUUCACGUCUGGAUGCUCGCGUCGAUGACAUGAUCGAACAGGGUUUGAUGGCAGAAGCACAGAAGAUGUCGGACUAUCUACAAGAGAAAGCGGCGCAGGGCGUCGAAGUUGACAUCACGCGGGGAGUGUGGGUGUCGAUUGGAUUCAAGGAGCUGGCAAAAUAUUUUGAGGCUGUCCGGCAAGGCGAACUGAGUGAAAAGGAAUUAGAAGACUUGAAACGGACCUCUCUGCAACAGAUCCAGACCGCCACACGACAGUAUGGCUCUUCUCAGGUCAAAUGGAUCCGCAACAAAUUGUGGCGAGCACUCACAGAAGCCGGCGAAACCCGCCGACUCUACUUGCUAGACAGCUCGAAGGUUCAGGACUGGAGCAAAUGCAUCACCGCACCGUCUGAGAACAUUGUGCAAUUGAUGCUCCAAAAUGAGCCGACCCCUGAUCCCAAAUCCCUUUCUCAGUUGGCAGCAAACGAAUUCGGCGCCAAGGAAGCCCAGGGCCACACGAAGAAGGAUGCCAUUGGCAUUUGCUACACCUGUGACGUGUGCAAUAAGAUCCUAGCGGGCGAGGAACAGUGGAAUAUCCAUCUCAACAGCAACAUGCAUAAAAGGGGACUCAAAUCCGCAAAGCAGAGGAAAAUUCGCGAUGAAUAUUUCCGACAGAAAGAGCUGGAACAACAGGCUACUGAAGAGACGGAAAAGGUUAAGCAGGCAUCCGAUGCCUCAUGA